AUGUUCUUGACCGUUUAUUUCUUGGGACAAAACACCAACAACACUAUAAUUACUCGCAUCCAUGUCGAGAAUAAAGGGUUUGUCAAACUGAGGAUACGUCAGGUGUUCUUGUCUAAAACGGAUGGAACUUAUCAUUGUAACUUCAAAGCUCUUAGCCAAGAUAUUAUUUGUGGAAGUAUACCACCAGUUGCUAAUGGCGAGUGGAUUCAAGAGCUUAAAGAGAACAAUAUAUCCGUAUGCGACGAUAGUAAUGGACCAAUAGAAAUACUUAUUGGCGCUGACAUUGCAGGCAAGUUGAUGACCGAAGGAUUUAAAUUGCUUACUUCAGGCCUUGCUGCUAUAGAAACAAAACUUGGUUGGACUCUUUUUGGGAAAAAAAAUGGUAUGCGUGAGAUCUCGGACAAUUCCGCACUGCUCGUCACAUCCAUGUUGAAUAAGGAAAUAUUGAUAUCCGAUCUAUGGUCUCUAGAUUCACUUGGAAUUCUAGAUCCAUCAGAGAAGAAAAAAAUCAGCUUGCCAUGGCUUGAUAACCAUCUACCGUUAAAAGAUAACUAUGACUUAGCUGUAAAGAGAUUAGCUUCUACAGUAAAACGACUAAAAGCUGAGAAACUUUAUGAUGCUUAUGGAGAAGUUUUUAGUGAAUGGGAACAAGAAGGCAUCAUAGAAGAAGUACCAAAAAGCGAAAUUGAUGUAACAUGCCAUUAUCUACCACAUCGACACGUAGUAAAAGAAAACAGUACUACACGAAUCAGGCCAGUGUUUGAUGCCUCGGCCAAACAAAAAGGAUCCCCUAGUCUCAAUGAUUGUCUAGAAAAAGGUCAGAACCUUAUCGAACUGAUUCCUUCAAUUCUUCAUAGAUUCCGAAUGAACAGAAUAGGAGUUUCUGCAGAUAUACGAAAAGCAUUCUUACAAAUAAGUCUCAACCCUAAGGAUAAAGACUAUCUAAGAUUCUUAUGGGUAGUAUUUGGAGUUACAAGCAGCCCUUUCUUGCUAGUUUCUGUAAUUCACCAUCUUCUAGAAUCCACUUUGAAACAACUAAAUGGAAACCCAAAGUAUAAAGUGGAUAUUAUUGAGCAAUUGAAGAAGAGCUUUUAUGUAGAUAAUUGUUUAGCGAGUGUGAAAAAAAAUGAUUUAGAAUUGCAACAAUUCAUACAAGUUGCUUCAGAUACUUUAGCUACAAGAAAGCUAGAAUUACGUGGUUGGGAAUAUAGUGACCCAACAGAUAAUUCCUCUAGUACCACAAAUGUAUUAGGAAUGAUUUGGGAACGAUGUGGAGAUUACCUUUGCCUUAAUAUUACUAACAUCACCUACAAUCUACCAGAAAUUUUGUCUAAAAGAGAGAUUUUAGCUACUACACACAAAAUAUUCGACCCUUUAGGAAUAGCUUGCCCCGUAACUCUUGUGCCGAAACUUUUACUUCAGCACCUAUGGGAAGUUAAGUUAUCUUGGGACCAAGAAGUUGAUUCAAAUUCAAAAUCACAAUUUUGUAAAUGGUUGAAUGAUUUGCAGUGUCUGGAAAGAAUGAGAAUACCAAGAUGGUUAAACUGUGAUCGUGAGAUUGAAAAUAUCUCACUUCAUUUCUUCAGUGAUGCGAUGCGAGUAAACUUGCAUAUUCAGCUGUGGCCUUUGUUCGAAUGGUGGGAAGGUCCUAAAUGGCUAUAUUUAUCACCAGAAAAAUGGCCAAAAGAAGAUUUUAGUGCUGAUGAAGAAGAAAUAGCUCUUGAGAAAAAGAAAAGGAUUAUUUCGUCCUUAAUAAAUCUUAAUGCUAGUGAAAUAGUUGCUACUAGAUUCUCAAGUUAUCGUAAGACAAUCAGACUGGUAGCGUGGAUGUGUCGUUUUGUUUACAACUGUAAACAUCAAAACAAGAAAAAGGAUGAACUUACUGUAUCUGAGUUAAAUGAAGCAGAGAAUAUCUUGAUUCGUUUAAUACAAAAUGAGUCCUUUAAUGGAAUAGAAGAUAAACGGAUUUUAAGUCUUAAUCCAUUCAUUGAUUGUGGGAUCAUCAGAACUAAAACAGCAAUAUUUCAAAGAGAAGAUACAUCUGAGUUCAGAACUCCUGCUAUUUUGCCAAGUGAUCAUCCUCUUAUAAGAAGUUUAAUAAUGGAAGAACAUAAGUUGAAAGGACAUGUUGGAGUUUCUCACAUCCUAAAUUCCUUAAGAGAAAGAUUUUGGAUAUUAGUGGAAAGAAGAGUUGUGUCAUCCGUUUUGGAAACUUGUAUAACCUAUUAUGCUGGACCUAUAUUUCUAAGAGACUACAAGAAGGCAUGGAUUUGCCUAUUCACUUGCGCAGUGUACCGUUGUGUUCAUUUGGAACUGGUUACAUCCUUAACGACAGAUACAUUUCUACAAGCGUUUCAUCGUUUUUCUGCUAGACGUGGGAAGCCAUCCAUAAUUUAUACUGAUAAUGGAACAAAUUUUGUUGGAGCAUGCAAUGCACUUGCUUCAAUCGAUUUCAAUGAAAUUGCAAAAAAAGGAGCUAAUGAACGUAUUAUUUGGAAGUUCAUUCCCCCAGGCGCUCCAUGGUGGGGUGGCUGGUGGGAACGCCUCAUAGGAAUGAUGAAAAGAAUAUUAAGAAAAGUUCUUGGGAGAGCCUGCCUUAGUUAUGAGGAAAUGUGUACCGUUUUGUGUAACUGUGAAGCUAUCCUAAAUGAUAGACCUUUAACAGUUGUAUCGGCUGAUUCAAGUCUCACUUCCAUAACACCUGGAAAUUUUUUACGAGAAAUACAAAACUAUUCAGUGCCAAUUGUGAAACAUGACUUCAAUUCUAGCUUUUAUAAACGUAGAUUGCGUUAUAUCCAAAAUGUUAACCAGGUUUUCAAGAAAAGAUUUCGCCAGGAAUAUCUGGGAACUUUGAAAACAACAAGCAAAAAAUUCGCUAGAAGUUGUAAAUUAAAAGAAGGAGACAUUGUCUUAAUUGGAAGCGAUGACAAAAGGAGAUUAAAUUGGCCUCUUGGUAAAAUCAUACAAUUAUUUCCAGGUACCGACGGUGUGAAAGUCGACGAGCCAGAAUUAAAGUGCAAAAUGGAGAAGUCAUAA